AUGGCGGCCUCGGGCUUCUUGGAGGAGUUGAAGGCCUUUGCAGAGAGCAUCGCGCUCGACCCGACAUAUCAUGACGUCCUGUCGCUGCUCAAGACGGCGCGCAAUGGCGCAGUCUACGGAUCCAAAGUGCGGUUUCCGCAUGCGCUGGUGAUGAUCUUUCUCUUCCGAUCCGGAACAUUCAAAGAAAAGGCUUCGUUGGUGUUUAGAGCGACGAAGAAGCAUGCCACGAACUUGGCCAAGUUUGCGUCCAUAUACAAGAUUACAAUGCUGGCGCUGAAGCGAUACGGGUCUACGCCGGGCAAGGAGGGCCCCCUCGACUCCUUCUUCGCCGGCCUUCUCGGCGGCUACAUCGUCUUCGGCCAGCGCUCCAAGCGCUACGGCAAAAUCUCCUCCGUCAGCCAGCAGAUUGUCAUCUACAUCUUCGCGCGCGUUGCCCUCGCCCUGGCGCGCCUCGCCGUCAAGCCGGGCCACGGCCUGCCCAUCAUCUCGUCCGAGCCGCUGCACGCGCAAAUCAGCCACUACGCAUGGCCCGUGUUCGCCUCGGUGUCGUGGGGUCUGGUGAUGCUGAUAUUCAAGCACCAUCCCGAGGAUCUGCAGUCGAGCUUGAGGAGCAGCAUGACGUACAUUUACAAGGACUGCGACGAGUGGGACUCGCUGAGGACUUUACUCUGGCAUAACAAAUAG